AUGAUAUCCACAGGACCAAGGAUGUCAAAACGACUGAGCUUCUAUGGUCUAGUAGGCCUGGCGUCCCUUUGCAUCUUCUUCUUAGCAUUUAAUCAACGCUACAGCAGCUACCUUGAGCAUCGACUGCAGCCGGUGAUAUCGGCAUAUUUUAGAGGGUCCAUUGAAAAUGUCACGCUUACUGAAAUACAAGAAGUCGUUGAUCAACAGAGAAAGGCAAUUGAAAGAGAAAUGGAAGAUUAUAAAUAUCCCAAUGGAAGAUAUGGAGUUAAUGUCAGUAAACUGGAAGACUUAGUGUUAGAGAAAGGAGGAAGACCCAUGAGAAGUGUAAUUUUGACAAGUUGGCGAAGUGGUAGUACAUUUUUUGGAGAUGUGAUCAACGCGCAUCCGGCCAAUUUUUACCACUAUGAACCUCUUCUUGAUUUUGGAAUUGUACAAAUCAGGGGGCCACCACUUGCUGAUGAAGCUCUUAGAAACCUGGAGGCAUUAUUAAAAUGUGACUUUAGUAAUCUUGGUAGGUUUUCUAAUCGAUACUUGGAUUAUGGUAAAACGCAUCCUUGGGUCUUCAAUCAUAAUACUCAUUUAUGGAAACAGUGUCAGAUUCACAAAAAAAUUUGUUGGGAUCCACGAUUCGUUUCAAAAUUUUGCAAAUUAUUUCCCUUUCAAUCGAUGAAGGUUGUUCGUUUAAGACUGCGUGCCGCAGAAAAGCUUUUAGAACAGGAAGAUUUAGGAAUACGUUUAGUUCUAUUGAUUCGUGAUCCGAGAGGAAUUUUGCAAUCAAGGAAACAUCGAGAAUGGUGCCCCACUAAACCAGAUUGCUCUGAUCCUGCAUUGGUAUGUGCAGACAUGGUUUCAGACUUUAGUGCAGCUGUUCGACUAAUAAAAAAAUAUCCACGUACCUUUAGGGUGAUACGUUACGAAGACUUAUCUGUAGAUCCCUACCGACAUGUGAGGGAAUUAUACAAUUUUUACGGUUUGGACUUUCACGUAAACGUGAAGAAAUUUUUAGAUACACAUACAAAGAACGAUGUUGGUGGUGUCUCGAGUACUUUCCGAAAUUCAAAAGUAGCACCCUUUCACUGGCGAACAGAUCUCGAUUUCGAGGAAGUCGACGAAAUACAAAGAGUGUGUGCAGCUGCAAUGCGACUAUGGGGAUAUGUUAUGGCGUCGAACUCCAGCCACCAAAAAGAUUUCGACCCGCUCACAGACUACCAACUACAAUUAUGACAUGGGCGUAGUGCAUGAUAAAUGUCUAGUAUUUGUAUGUAACUACUACUGUGUAGAAUGGUUAUAAUUCUUAGCUUAUCUGCACAGAUUAUCGAAAUUAUCACAAGUGCCCUCAUUCAUAUUGAAAACGUGGUGCUGACAGUUUGUUCAGACAAGCGCUUAUGAACUCUUACUAUUAAUAAUUCUUUUUACCGAUCAGUUUUGGAUUGGUAAAAGAAAGAAAGAAAAAGAGAGAAAUAAUGAAAGAAGUAGAAAAUUAUUGGACCUCACAAGACCAAUGGUGAAACUCGUUCCUUAAAAAACUUAAGAGAUGCAUAAGUGCUCUUCUAGCUUGUUGCAUAAAAAACAAUCUCAAUCUAAGACCAGCGUGAAAAUUAGGAAAAGUUCCUAAGACCCUGGUGUGCAACAAGGAAACAUCCAUAUCAACGCAAAUAUUAAACGAACCUAAAUAAUAAUCUUUUUUAGAAUUCAAAGUUUAAAUAUCGCGGUGUUGGUAUAAUAAAUCUAAUACAUUAGGAUUUUCCACUGAAAUAUUGAAAAAAAAAAUAUGAUCCGACAUUCUUACAAAAUCUUCUUACAAAAUAUUAUUUUUCGCUAAAUCCUUAAGAAAAGUUUUAUUAAAACUUUGUGUAAUGUUAUUUCAUUGCGUAAUUUUAGUCUUUUCAAAGAUGAAUAUGUGCAUAUAAUUUUAGUUGCAAUAUUGGUUAUAUAAAUGAACAAAAUUUUAUUGUUCUUGAUUCGCAAUUGUUAUUAUUUCUGUCUUACACUCUAAUAUUGUUAUUGUUUUUUAAAACGUGUGUAAGAUCGAAAUUUCAAAAUUCGUAAGACAAAUCUGUAAAUAAUUAACACUAGUUAAAUAUUGGCGUAUCCAUUGUUGUAUUACAUCUCAGAUACUUUUCUUUAAGUAUAGUUUCCACGUAACCGGCCUUGAAGCCAAAAAUUAGAUAAUACAAUUAUAUUUGCACUAAUUUAAUAGAAAUUUAAAUUAAAAAAUAUCACUUAUGAUUUAGUAAAAAGAUUAGAAAAUCAAAUAAUUGAACAAAUGUUAUUGUCACUUUAUUUUAUGAAUUAUAUAUUUUUUUUUACUCAGUGUACUAGACAGUUGUUUGCAUGAAUUUUUACUAAAUAUGUACAUCAUACUUAUAAAAUAAUUUCUAUGGUUUUAAAUAUGUAAAUUCUGUUUAAGCAAUAAUUAUUUGUUUGUCAAAAAAGCAAUUUACAAAAGCAAUUGCUCAUUAGAGUUAGUUAAGUACAAGUGCUCAAUAUUGACAAAAUGUUACUUUAUAAUUAUAUCCGCAAUUAACACAUUUAAAUUAACUGGCUAUGUAAAUUUUUUUCGAAUUAUAUAUCGAUCAUUUAAUAUAUGUAUCGUCUAUUUUUGCAGUUUUAAUCGUUUUACUUUCAACCACAAUUAUUUUACUUACCGUUAACUUAAAUAUUUACAAGCAGAAGCAUUUUGUGAAUUUUUGUUCAUUAAUAAAACAACUCAUCUAGUCCAAAUUGUUUUUUAAUCCCAUUCAAA